UCACGGGUGGGUGGUGGAGGUUGGGUUGCGGCGUGUCUGCGGCUGUGCGGCUUUUGCGAAGUUUGGGAGCCGUUGGUGAUAUAUUGUAAGGUUAUUUUGGUUGAAUUGGAGUCGACACGGUGUAAGCUGUCAAAAUGAGGGAGAUUGUGCACAUGCAAGCUGGGCAGUGCGGUAACCAGAUUGGAGCGAAGUUCUGGGAAGUCAUUUCCGACGAGCACGGCGUUGAUCCAACGGGCACGUACCACGGCGACUCCGAUCUUCAACUGGAGCGCAUCAACGUCUACUACAACGAGGCGUCUGGUGGCAAAUAUGUUCCCAGAGCAAUUCUUGUCGAUUUGGAGCCUGGCACAAUGGAUUCCGUCCGAGCUGGCCCGUUUGGGCAGAUCUUCAGACCGGACAACUUCGUGUUCGGCCAAAGUGGUGCUGGGAACAAUUGGGCGAAGGGUCAUUAUACAGAAGGUGCAGAGCUCGUCGACUCUGUGCUGGACGUGGUGCGGAAAGAAGCGGAAAGCUGUGACUGCCUACAAGGUUUCCAACUCACGCACUCACUGGGAGGUGGAACAGGGUCCGGCAUGGGGACUCUUCUCAUCUCCAAGAUCCGCGAAGAGUACCCAGAUCGAAUCAUGAACACCUUCAGCGUCGUCCCCUCGCCCAAGGUCUCCGAUACCGUCGUGGAACCGUACAACGCAACGCUUUCCGUGCAUCAGCUUGUCGAGAACACCGAUGAAACGUACUGCAUAGACAACGAGGCGUUGUACGACAUCUGCUUUAGAACUCUGAAGCUAACUACGCCGACUUACGGAGACCUGAACCACCUAGUGUCCGCUACGAUGUCAGGUGUGACCACCUGUCUGCGUUUCCCGGGCCAGCUGAACGCAGACUUGAGGAAACUUGCGGUGAACAUGGUUCCCUUCCCGCGAUUGCAUUUCUUCAUGCCUGGCUUUGCCCCUCUCACGUCCCGUGGUAGUCAGCAGUACAGGGCUCUGACCGUUCCUGAGCUGACGCAGCAGAUGUUUGAUGCCAAGAACAUGAUGGCUGCCUGUGAUCCUCGCCAUGGCCGGUACCUGACAGUUGCUGCAAUCUUCCGCGGUCGGAUGUCCAUGAAGGAGGUUGAUGAGCAGAUGUUGAACAUCCAGAACAAAAAUAGCAGCUAUUUUGUAGAGUGGAUCCCCAACAAUGUGAAGACGGCCGUGUGCGACAUCCCACCGCGGGGGCUCAAAAUGUCUGCAACAUUCAUAGGGAACAGCACGGCAAUUCAAGAAUUGUUCAAACGCGUGUCUGAACAGUUCACGGCAAUGUUCAGACGCAAAGCAUUCCUUCACUGGUACACAGGAGAGGGGAUGGACGAGAUGGAGUUCACGGAAGCCGAAAGUAAUAUGAAUGAUCUCGUGUCUGAGUAUCAACAAUAUCAAGAUGCCACCGCCGAAGAAGAGGGUGAAUUCGACGAGGAAGAAGAAGAGGAGGGUGCUGAGCAGUGAUUUGUCGUGGUAUACAGGGUAUACGCUUUUGUAAAAUUGUACCCAUUGGCCCUUUUGAUAAGAGACCCAUUGCAAGUCUUUAACAGGCAGCCGACGAUUUUUGGAGAAAUACCAGGGCAUGCAGCGAGGUGUGAUGGCGAAGCCACCUUGAAUACACCUCGAAUGUUC